AUGGACCUUGGUACCGCCGCAGCUGCGCUCGCCGGAGGGGCGACCGUGGCGGCAUAUCUCAAUGCCAAAUUCCACCUGAAUAAGGAUGUGUCCGCGAUUUGGUCUCUGAAGAGAAGUGAGCGCGCAUUGGCAAAUGCCCUGUCAAAUGACAAAGCGAACGCCUGGUUCAUCCUCCUCGAGACCGUGAAGAAACACCCUGACAUGAUCGCUCUCUGGACGCGGGAGCGGUCAUAUACCUACCGCGACAUGCGGGACCAGGCCUGUCAAUACGCUCACUUCUUCUUGGCAAAUGGUGUGAAGAAGGGAGAUCUCGUCGGCUUCUUCUUGCAGAACCGGGCGGAGUUUCUCAUCGCUUGGAUCGCACUUUGGAGUAUUGGGUGUGCACCGGCAGCCAUUAACCACAACUUGACUGGCGAUGCAUUGGUUCACUGUCUCAAGAUUAGUGGCGCGAAGCUCACUCUGGUGGACGAGGAUCCUAUCUGUAUUGCCCGUGUGGAGGAGCGUCGGGAUACAUUGACUGGUGAACUGGGUAUGGAGCUCAUGACUUUGGAUGAGUCUCUCAAGGCCCAUAUUCGCACGUUCCCAACUACUCUGCCACCGAAAGAGCUGGCGCUAGGCAUGAAGGGCGAGUUCCCGUCUAUUCUGCUGUAUACGUCCGGGACAACUGGUAUGCCGAAGGGCUGCGCAUUCACAAUGUCCCGACUUUACACAACUCUGGGCAUUCGACGGGAUGCCAUGGGGGAUAAAGAGGGUCCUGAUGGUGACCGUUGGUACAGUUGCAUGCCGUUGUAUCACGGUACCGCAGCUAUGAGCCUUAUCGCUUGCCUGACGGGGGGUGUUAGCAUUGCGCUAGGACCCAAGUUCAGCGUGCGCAAUUUCUGGAAGGAUAUUCGAGACUCGGAGUCCACUGUAUUUGUCUACGUCGGUGAGACUGCUCGUUACCUCCUCGCACCUCCUCCAUCGCCUCUGGACCGCAAACACAAGGUGCGUUGCAUGUAUGGCAAUGGGCUUCGCCCCGAUGUUUGGGAGCAGUUCCGUGAGCGCUUUGGUGUGCCCGAGGUGGGCGAGUUCUUCAACAGCACGGAGGGCAUAUUUGGUCUGUUCAAUUAUAACCGCGGACCAUUCACGGCAGGAAGUGUUGGACAUCAUGGACUUUUGAUGCGUGGUCUUUUGCAUAAUGUCUUCGUGCCUGUUGCAAUUGAUCCCGAGACGGGUGAUGUUCUCCGCGACUCGAAGACGGGAUUCGCAGUGCGAGCAUCAUACGAUGAAGGAGGUGAAAUUCUCGUGAAUAUUCCGAACAAGGAUGCAUUCCAAGGAUACUGGCGCAACGAUUCUGCAACGGAGAAGAAAUAUCUUCGCGAUGCUUUCAAGAAGGGAGAUCUAUACUACCGAUCCGGCGAUGCCCUACGCCGUCAAGGUGAUGGACGCUGGUACUUCCUCGACCGUCUCGGCGAUACUUUCCGCUGGAAGAGCGAGAACGUAGCCACCGCCGAAGUCUCCGAAGUAAUCGGCAAAUUCCCCGGCGUCCAAGAAGCCAACGUCUACGGCGUCCGCCUCCCCUAA